CGUACCCGGAAACUAUCAAGUCACUGAAGCGAUUGUUGUUGUCGGCUGCAAGCGUCUUGAUGAGAUUUUGGAAUUUGGACUCGCUGCAGAGCGACUCCGUAUUUUGACAGUUUAGGAGGCUGUCAGUGAUUGAAACUGAGACAUGGCCGACAUUCAGAAUCAAGAUGUUGAUGCGAUGUUUACUUCAAAAACAGAGAGGACUUUUCAGUAUGAUGAACAACUUCCAAGUUUGCCAGUACCAACAUUACAGCACACCCUAGAGAGAUACCUGGAUUCUGUGCGGCCACAUGUAACUGAGGAGGAGUAUAGACAAACAGAAUUUAUUGUGCAACAGUUUGCGUCUGGUGUGGGUAAAGAUCUUCACAGACAAUUGCUGAAAAGAGCGGGCUCAGAGAGGAAUUGGCUAGACUCAUGGUGGUUGGACUAUGCCUACUUGGACUUCAGGCUACCCCUGGCCCCGCUCCUCAACUUUGCUGGUCCUGGCCCCUACAUGUACCACCACUUACCAAUCAAAGAAGGAUCUGCUGUAGAAAGGGCUGGAUUGCUUGUAUAUUUAAAUUCGAAAUAUUGGCACUUGGUCAGAAAAGAAAGAAUUAAGCCAGACAAGGACAGUAAAGGAAACAGACUUUCAAUGAACCAGUUCAGACGUCUCUUCAGUACUUGUAGAAUACCAGCACCUCAGAGGGACCAUCUCAAGACAUACUUUAAACCUGAAUCUGAGGGACCAACUCCACUUCACUUGACUGUGUUUUGUCGAGGGCGUAUUUUUGUCAUGAAAGGUGUUGAUGAAAAUGAGGAGCCCCUAACACCUCCAGAACUUCAGAAACAGUUUCAGUAUAUCAAGGAUAAGUGUGAUAGAGAGCCUGAGGGACCAGGUCUUGGUGCUCUCACAGGGGACUAUAGGGCAACAUGGGCACAGAUAAGAAGCCACCUUGUUGCCUUGCACCCACAAAACUAUGCAAACCUCGAAACUAUACAGCAGAGCAUAAUGUGUGUGAUAUUUGACGACAGCUGUCCAGCAGAUGAAAAUGAUGUGUUCAAGUUGGGUCUUGCUGGUGAUUCUACAAACAGAUGGUAUGAUAAAUCUCUUACCAUGAUUUUCUUCAAAAAUGGACUGGCUGCCUCAAAUUGUGAUCAUUCACCCAUGGAUGCUAUGACCUUGGUGACGACUACGUUUUAUGUUGACCAAAAUGUGUUGAAAUGUAAAGGAAAAUGGCAGGGAACUCAAGAAAUACGACAGUUAGAUCCUCCACAGGAGCUGGUGUUCAGGAUAGAUGAUGUUGUAGAAAGGGGAAUAAUUCAUGCAAAACAGGUUUAUAAUGAAAUAGCAAACAAUUUGCAGUGUUGUACAAAGCAUUACAAUAAAUAUGGUAAACAAUUCCUACGACAUUUCAAACUACAUCCAGACACACAUGUGCAGAUGAUACUGCAGUAUGCUUACUAUAAACUGUAUAAAAAACCUGCUCCAACAUACCAAACAGGUACAACGAGAAAGUUUUACAAUGCAAGAACUGAAACAGUGCGAUCUUGCUCUCCUGAGGCCAUAGAAUGGGCUAAAGCCAUGCUCAAUCCAGAUGUAAAUAACAGAACAAAAGUUGCGCUUUAUCGUCAAGCAGCAGAGAAACACAAUAGGCUUAUGGCAGAAGCCACUGAAAAUCAUGGUUGUGACAGGCAUUUAUUUGGUCUCCAGAUCCUUGCCCUUGAAGGAGGACUACCAAUGCCACAAAUAUUCACCGACCCGGCUUAUACCAAAAGUGGAGGAGGCGGAAAUUACGUGUUGUCAACAAGUUUUGUGGGUUACACCUCAGUAUUUGGAGGUGUUGUGCCUAUGGUUGAACAUGGUUAUGGUACAUUCUAUAGAAUUGAACAGAAAAGCAUUUCUAUAUUUGUAUCAGCCUGGAAGUCAUGCAGUCAGACGGAUGCAGUUCAGUUCAGCAAUACAGUAAAGGAAUGUCUUGAUGAUAUCAGUGAACUGUUAGUGGAAACAGAAAAACUUGCAAGACUUUAGGUCUCAAAGUUUUCAUCAAAAAUAGUUUAGCAUGAUUCUAAUUUAGACAUUUUCAAAUAAAUGCAGUAAAUAAUACAACUUGAGAUAUUAAAAGAAAGAAGGGUUUUAAAUUGUAAUGUGCUACAAACAAAUAAUGGCAGUUUUAAAAUAGUUUUCUAAACCAUGUUUUAUUUAUUGAUUCUGAUGCAUUAAUAUGAAAGACAGCGGUAUAUAAAUGAUGAUUUUAGUUUUGUUUUUAAAGUAAAUUUGUUUUAUGAUAUUCUUAUUCAACCACAUAUUUACAUAUGAUUUUUUUUU